AUGAAUCCUACAAGUGAUGAUCCAGUGUUUGGGACCAUUUUUGACUGGGACUAUCUCUUAUGGGAAGUUCGUUUGAUGUUUUUAGCUGCUGGUUUUUUUAUCUACUUGGGAGUAUUUCUUCUGUCUCACUGGUUGUCUUCAUGGAUAAGUAGCAGUUACCGUUCCUUGUAUGGAAAGGAGAAGGUGUUUUGGAACAUGGCGGUCACACGUGGUGUGUUUGGACUUCAGAGUUGUGUUGCUGGCUUAUGGGCUUUGCUCAUAGAUCCUGUUUUUUAUGCUGACAAAGUGUACUCACAGCAAAAAUGGAGUUGGUGUAACUGUUUAAUAGCUGCUGGAUUUUUCUUGCUUGAAAAUGUAGCUGUUCACAUGUCCAACAUUAUUUUUAGAACAUUUGAUGUGUUUGGUAGUUCACCACUUGCUUGCUUUUGGUGGCUUGGCUGGCCUGGUAAUAACGUGAAAUCUGGACAUUAUCUGCCUUUGAUGGGAAUGUUGCUGGAGAUGAGUACUCCCUCAACGUGCAUUUCCUGGAUGCUUCUAAAGGCUGGCUACGCUAAUACCUUUUUCUGGAAGGCAAACCAGUGGGUGAUGAUCCACCUGUUUCACUGCCGCAUGAUUCUUACUUACCACAUGUGGUGGGUGUGUAUUUUCAAUUGGAAUUCUGUGAUGGAAAAUCUGGGGCUUCUUCAUUUUAUGGUUUUAUUCUCGGGAUUAUUUGCUGUCACACUAAUACUUAACCCAUACUGGACAUACAAAAAGACUCAACAACUCCUCAGUCCAACUGAUUGGAACUUUGAAAAUAAAGCAACGGAAAAUGGAAAAUUAAAUGGUGAAACACAUGAAAAGAAGAGGAUUUAG